GCACAGCGCGGGGUCUGAGAACCAGAGGUCUGAUGUAUGACCAGACUCCCAAAGAGCAAUCAUGCUGAAGGAAAAACUUCUAAUAAAUCAGACCCAUUGCUGAUACUUUGUUUUUAAAACCACCAGCCAAUGUAGGUUACUUCAGUGGGUUUGAAAAAUUUUGACAGUGACCAACAACAUGACUGCCAAAGAUUGUCCAUCAUUGUGGGGCUUUGGAACAACCAAAACAUUUAAAAUUCCCAUUGAACAUUUGGAUUUUAAGUAUAUUGAAAAAUGUUCAGAUGUUAAACACUUGGAAAAAAUCCUUUAUGUACUCAGGUCUGGUGAGGAAGGGUAUUAUCCUGAACUUACAGAAUUUUGUGAAAAGUGUCUUAGAGGCUUAGCUCCUGAAAGUAGAGCCUUGAGGAAAGAUAAGCCUGCAGCCACAGCAUCCAGUUUUACAGCAGAAGAAUGGGAAAAAAUUGAUGGUGAUAUAAAGGGUUGGGUAUCCGAAAUUAAAAAAGAAGAAAAUAAAAUACACGUCCAUAAAAUACACUUCCAUGAAACAGACACAUUUCCAGGAACAGAAGAUAAGUUACCUCCAGUUCGUGGUUCAAACAGCUGCCUUCAUGUUGGCAAAGAAAAAAAUUCUAAAAGUAGACCGGCUAAAAAAAUCCCAAGGGACUAUGCCGAGUGGGAUAAAUUUGAUGUGGAAAAGGAAUGUUCAAAAAUUGAUGAAGAUUACAAAGAAAAGACUGUAAUAAACAACAAGUCACAUUUGUCAAAAAUUGAGAAAAGAAUAGACAUAGCAGGUCUAACUGACAAGGAAAAGGAUUUUCUUGCUACUCAUGAAAAGGAAAAAGGAAAUGACGCUUUCAACUCUGGGGAUUAUGAAGAGGCUGUGAUGUAUUACACUAGGAGCAUAUCAGUGCUUCCCACUGUUGCUGCAUAUAACAAUCGAGCUCAAGCAGAAAUCAAAUUACAGAAUUGGAAUAGUGCUUUUCAGGAUUGUGAAAAGGUCUUGGAGUUAGAGCCUGGAAACAUAAAGGCUCUUCUGCGUCGUGCCACCACAUAUAAACAUCAAAACAAGCUCCAGGAAGCUAUCGAAGAUUUGAGUAAAGUACUGGUUGUUGAACCUGAUAAUGAGUUGGCCAAGAAAAUCUUGUCAGAAGUUGAAAGAGAUCUGAAAAAUGCUGAGCCUGCAUCUAAGAUUCAAACCAAAGGGAAAAGGAUGGUUAUUCAGGAAGUAGAAAACUCUGAAGAUGAAGAUGGAAAGGAUGGUGGAAGAAAACAUGCAGACGGCAGUGGAGAUGAGAAGGCCGCCGAGCCGGCCGGAGCCAGGUGCGCUGACGAGCCGCGGCGCCAUGGGCAAAUCCAGAAGAAGCUCUCGGGCAAAGGGGAGGGCGGCCAGCGCCGGGAGAGGGGUGCGCCGCGGCGGGAGCGGACGCGGGGGUCUGGUGCGGACAAGCUGGGCCGGCCGUGCGCCCCGGCCACUGCGGGCGGCGCCAACGGGUACCCGGGCGCCGGGCGGGGCGCUGCGGACCCUGCUGCGGCCGAAACGCCCCCCGAGCCCGCCGCGUCCGCGCCUUCUGCCUCGGUCGCCCCGGCCGGCCUGAAGAGCCAGGGCAACGAGCUGUUUAAAAACGGGCAGUUUUCGGAGGCGGCUUUCAAGUACUCGGCGGCGAUAGCACAGCUGGAGCCUGCAGGAAGUGAAAGUGCGGAUGAUCUAAGUAUCUUAUAUUCAAAUAGAGCAGCAUGUUACCUGAAAGAAGGAAACUGCAGCGGCUGCAUUCAGGAUUGUAACAGGGCUUUGGAACUUCAUCCAUUCUCAAUCAAACCUCUCUUACGACGAGCAGUGGCCUAUGAAACUUUAGAGCAGUAUCGGAGAGCUUAUGUGGAUUAUAAAACAGUGUUGCAAAUAGACUGUGCAAUCCAGAUAGCAAAUGACAGCAUUAACAGAAUAACAAGAAUUUUAAUGCAUCUGGAUGGACCGAGCUGGCGGGAGAAGCUGUCGCCUAUCCCAGCCGUGCCCACCUCUGCGCAGUUGCGAGCGUGGCAGCCUGCAGCAGAGAUGGCCCCAGACCAAGCGGGAGAUUCCUGCGGCCAGCGCCAGCCAGGCAUCCCAGAUGAAAAAAUGUUUAGAACCCUGAAGGAAGAAGGAAAUCAAUAUGUAAAGGACAAAAACUAUGAAGAUGCCCUUCAUAGAUACAGUGAAUGCUUAAAGAUUAACAACAAGGAGUGUGCCAUAUAUACAAACAGAGCUCUCUGUCACUUGAAGCUGUGCCAGUUUGAAGAGGCAAAGUGGGACUGUGAUCAGGCGCUUCACAUCGAUGACGGGAAUGUGAAAGCCUGCUACAGGCGCGCGCUCGCUCACAAGGGACUUAAGAAUUAUCAAAAAAGUUUAAAUGAUCUCAAUAAAGUGCUCCUAUUAGAUCCAAGUAUUGUUGAGGCAAAGAUGGAACUAGAAGAAGUAACCAGAUUCCUUAAUGUUAAGAGUAAUACAGCGUCAUUCAACAAAGAAAAAGAAAGAAGGAAAAUUGACAUUCAAGAGGUGAAUGAAGGCAAUAAAGAGGAGACUGAGAGAAUCUCAGAGGUCCCCAUGGACUGCCUUGCUUCUGAAAAGAGAAAUGAAAGCAGUGGGCCACCAGAAUGCUAUGAAAGACUACAGAUCUCCAAGCCUGAUAAUGCCUAUGAAUUUGGUCAAGUUAUAAAUGCUAUAAGUACUAGGAAAGAUAAAGAAGCUUGUGCAGACCUUUUAGCCAUCACUGAACCGAAAGAUUUGCCAGUGUUGUUGAGUAACAAACUUGAGGGGGAUAUGUUCCUCCUCCUCAUUCAGUCUCUGAAAAAUAACCUUAUUAAAAAAGACCCCUCAUUGGUAUAUCAGCAUCUUUUAUAUCUGAGUAAAGCAGAAAGGUUUAAGAUGAUGUUGACACUAAUUAGCAAGGGCCAAAAGGAGCAAAUUGAGCAGCUGUUUGAUGACCUUUCACACAUACCAAACAACCAGUUCACUUUAGAAGAUGUACGGGCCCUCAAAAGGCAGUAUGAGCUUUAAAUCAUAAUUACUGAGAUUUCUUCCAUGCACAUAUGUGUUCCUGUGAUGGUAAUGAGAUGGUAUUGUAAUAGAGUUGCAUGGAUAAAGCCUGGCUUAGAAGAGAUCCCUUGGUCUGGACUAUAAAAUAUUUUACUUAUUUACUUAUUUUUAUACACAGAACAUAUAUAUUCUACAACCUGCUUUUUAUUAGUUGUAAAUAUUUUCUUAUGUAACAGAGAGCUAACAUCUUUAUAUUUAAUAAUAAGUAUAAAAUAACUAUAUUUGGAACUUGUUCAAAAUGAAUUUUAAGUUAUAGUCUAUACUUUAAUAACUCACUGAUUAAAAUUUUGAGCUAAAUUGCAUUUCUUUGGGCUAUGAAGGAGUCCUAAGUAUGACAGAAAUGUAUUUCUUUAAAUUCAUUUUUAAAAGUGAAAGUCAUCAACAGUAAUUAUUACAUCACCUUUAUUUCCUGCUAAGAUACGCAUAUAUAUAUAUAUAUAUAUCCUAUUUUAUACUACUCAUGGAUUACAAUCAGAUAAGAUGAAAUGCAACACAUAAGUCUAUGAUUAUUAAAUAAAUUGUUUUAUUAAUUGAGACCCGUUAAGAGUAACUUUUUUCUAAUAUGGAAGCAUUGCCUUAAAAUUAAGAAAAACUGCCAAAAAUAUCCACCACUUUUUAUUAGAUUUAAAAAAGCUAGUUUCUUUUAUAUUGUUUAUGUAAGUGGUAACAUAGCAACCAUUAUAUAAACAUAAACUAAGCCUGCCUUCUAUUUGAAUUGUCAUUCUCAUGCUUUUCCCAAACCUUUAAAUGUUACUUGCCUUUCCUUUAUUGUUUUCUGCUUUAAGCAUAUUUAUCCUAUUAUGUAAAAGAGAAAGUGAAGAAAUCUUCUCAUAUGGAAAGCUCUUCCUUAUUGUUAAUUGGAUCACAGUAAAGGUAUUUCUUGUCAUAAAACAUUCAGGUCUCUGUUAGUAUACUGCCAUUUAUUCCUGUAAUCUAUAGUCAAUUCCCUAUUCAGAAGAAUUUUCUUCAUUUUUUUAGUAAAGAUGAAUAUCAUUACAUAUUCAUGAUUAUUUUAUCUAAUCUCUUAUAAUGAUAGAAUAUUUAAAAAUCAUCUUAGUUAAAUGGUAACUUCCAAACUGUGCCAUUUUUCAUUCAAAUUCUUCUUUCUUUUGUUCAUAAAUGGAAAUCUACUGUAAUGGGACUUAACUCCAGUCUUCAAACAAAUGAUGCUAUUUGUUAAUGCUAUUAAUUUUAUGUAAUAGUAACAGUGAAUGAUGGAUUAUGUUAAAAUUGUCUCCUGUGUAUGGAGUUUACUUACAGAAGUGGGACCAUUUCCUCUACGUAGCCUACUUGCGAUUUAGAGUAACUUUAUAGUACAGACAUGAAAAGAAUCCCUCUUUUGUUGACAGUUACAUCCCUGGCACCUAGCAGAGUGCCUGUCAUAGAGCCCAUAUUUUUUUAACUUUAACUUUGUGCCAGACACUGUGCAUAAAGUUUAUUAUACAUAAUCUAAUUUAAUCCUCAUAACAACUCUGUGGCAGAUGAGGAAAUCACAGCCCAGAGAAGGUUGUAUAAAUUAACAAGGGUCACAGAUAUUACAAGUAGCAAAUCCAGGAUUCAUUCAAACCUGGACAAUCUGUCUUGUGAGCUCAUAAAUGCUGUGCUGUGUAAUGGAAAAUGUUUAUUAAAUAUAUUAAUGGAAUAAUGAGUAAGGCGUCUGGCUUUUAAGAGUUACACCUUAGUGGAGAUAAGAGAUAUAAAUUACCUAUUUUUGAUACACUGAUGAAAGUAUUUAUAGUAUUUUUUAAAAAACCGCAAGAUGAGUGCCAGUCUGAGAGACAGAUAGGAAAUUGUUUCAAGGAGGAAUUAAUACUGCAGCUUGAGUUCAUCAUAUGGAUAAGAGAGAAAAAGACAAUUCAGGCAGAAGGAAAAGGUGAUGCAAAGGUAUCAAAGUACAUGAUAACCUGUAGAAUGAAAAUGUGCAAUAACUUGUCAUGCUCAUGGAACUGUAUGUGAUCUUGAUCUUAAUGGAGUCUAAGGUUUGUGUGAUAAGCCUGAAGGAGAUGACAGAAUAGCAAGUUGUAUGCUACAUAUAAAAUGGCAGAAAGUAUUGGGAUUUUAAAUAUACAAGUAGUUCCUUUGUGGGUCAGGCAUUACUGCUCUUAACCAAUACCUGGAUUUUUCCCACCUUCUGGGCAUAAACAAGACUGUACUUCUCAGCCUCUUUGUGAUUGGUUGGGUCCAGGGGACCAAUUCUUGAGUCCCUACUAUGUCCCUGCCUUAUUUUUGUUUUAUUGUGGUAACAUGUAUUCAACACAGAAUUUCCCAUUUUAACCACUACCAUGUAUACAAUUUACUGACAUUAAUUACAUUCCCCGUAUUUUACUACCAACAACACCAUCCAUUACAAGAACUUUGGAAUCACCUCAAAUAAAAACCCUGUAUCCAUUAAGCAAUAACUCUCCAUCACCACUCCAAGCCUUUCAUAACCUGUUAUCUACCAUAUGGCUCUUUGUAUUUGCUUGUUUAUAUAUUUCAUGUAAGUGAAAUCAUAACAAUAUUUUUCCUUUUGUGUCUGGCUUAUUUCAUUCAACAUGAUUUCUUCAAGGUUCAUAUUAUCACGUGUAUCA